UUGCUAAGGAGCAGCAUGCUAAGGAGGAAUCUUUUCCGAUCUCUCGAGAUGAUCUUUAGAUGUUGCUGUGAGAGAUCUGACUGAAGAUUUAAUGUUUUGUUAUUUUUAUUUUCUUAAAUCUCCUGGAAUAUUGUUGAUUUGUUUCACCAAAGAGAAACCUUUCUUUUGAAAUGAACUUGGUAGAGAGGCAAUAAGUGAAUCAUGAUAUUGAUUUAUAAUGAAACCGUUUUUUUCGUGAGAAAUCGUCAAGCUGUGGAUUCAGCAUAUUUGGCUUGUCUUGCAUUGUUUGUUUCGGUUUAAUCUAUUACCUUGUUCAAGCAGAACAUAGUGUGUUACCAUUAUUACCUAUAUAAAUAUAACGUAUAAAAAUAGGUAUGUGCCAAGGCGGGCUUGGACUUGGAUGGCUAGGUUAAAAAGCAAAACCUUUAGUUGAGGCGCAAAUAAAAUCAUAUCUAUUUUCUGUAAGUCCAACUACGUUUUUCUUCCAAGUGGUAAGCCCAACUAUGUUUCAAACCUUGCAGAUGAAGCCUCUACUACGAACCCCCUCCUUUACCCCAAACGAUCUCACUGUCUUCUGCAACACAGAUGCAGCUUGGCGAUCGGAUCUGAUGGCCGCAGGGAUGGGGUGGAUCAUCACAGACCGAUAUGGGCACGAAAUCUCUAGAGACACAGCCUCUCAACUCAAUGUAACAUCCGCUUGCAUGGCUGAGGCACUGGCCAUUAGAGAAGCGCUCAUCCACGCAUCGACUCAACACAUCACACAUAUCUGUCUACGCACAGACUCUCAAGUGCUCGCCCGAGCAAUCUCGAAGAGAAGAAGACCGACGGAGCUCUAUGGCAUCCUCUCGGACAUCGACUCCCUCACUUCCUCUCCCUCCUCUCCUUUCCUCGAAUGUAAUGUCGUCUUCACGCCUAGAUCUCGUAAUGGGCCGGCGGACCUCCUAUCAAAAUCUUGUCUUGCUAAUUUCAUCAUGGGCCUGAGGCCAUAAACACUGUCUGUUCCUGAGUUUUUAUUUAUUUAAAAGUAUCCAGUUUGCCCAAAAAAAAAAAACCGAAGUACAUAUAUAUUAUGCCAUAUGAUAUAUAUAUAUAUAUAUAAUAUACUUUUUUCGACGAGUAUAUAUUAUAUAUUUGAAUAAAUCAAACUUUCCAAAAAUUUAUCUGUACGCCUUUUUUCUAGCAAUUUUUCAGGAAUAAAACUAUUAAAAUCUUUAAGUUUAAAGAUAAUUUGUACUGAUUAAAGAUUACUAUUAAAAAAAUAUCUGCAUCACAAAAUUCCUCAUACUCCGAGAAGACAAUAGAUUUAAAGGCAAGACAAUGAAUGAAAGAUUAAAAAGUUAUGUUUGUUCGUUAUUUGUAAAUUCAGGAUUUUUGUGCAAUUCUUAAGACGACAUAGUACACAUAUCGUAUUCAUAAAAGCCUAGCGUAUCGUGUGUACUGUGAACAAAUGUCUCGACAUAAAAACAAGUACUUAAUAAGUGAAAUGGAAUCAUAUAGUGAGAACUGAAGUGCUCCUAAAGUCCCAAAUUAAACGGUCCAAAAGCAUCGACAUCUAUUGACCUCUCGUCUCCCAAGAUAGUGCGUUCACCGAUAUUUCUUCAUUAAUUAAUUUUCUGCUUUCCUCCAAAUAUCUUAUCAAUCCAUCCAGUUAAGAUACACCAUCAACAAAAAGUUACAUUAAUCUUCCGCUUCGAAUAGUAAAAUGCCUCCAAGAGACGUUUUGUGUAGAGACAGACACCAAGAGAAGGGGCAUGUUCUUAAAUAACUAGACUGACUCUUGGAAACAUUAGUACUCCUUCUGUUCCUGAAUAUAGGAUUUUUUGGAUUUUUUGAGUAGAUUAAGAAAUAAUUAAUGCACUUUUUGUCUAACUUUUGUCUUUAAUGUAUAUACUAUUUUUGCUAUGAAAUUUGUUGUAGUUUAAUAAAUUUACGCACACCUUCUCACCUCUUCAUAUUCUUAAAAAUUAAAUUUUAGGUAGUGAAAAAUCAUUUCAAUUUUGGUUAAAAACUUCCAACAUGAAGCCAAACUAUUCGUACAAUUAAAGUCAAAAUUUUAGAAUGGAGCCUAUCCUUUGUAAAAUUUAGAAAGGAGCCAAAAGUAGAAUUUUAGAAUGGAGCCAAAUUAUCAUAAUCAUGUUCUAAAAACACUCUAUAUUAAGAGAUCAUUUUCCAACGUUUAAGUAAAACUUCUUUCAUGGCUUUUCAUGAUUUUGACCUAAAUAUACCAUUUGAAAGCAAUGAAAGAGAAUUAUUGUUUGAUUUAAAUCAAAGUCCAACAAGAGAGUUUACUUCAUCCAAUAAUAUUUCAACCUUUCCAAUUCAUGAAGAUGAAGAUUAUUCUCAGAUGAAUCCAGGUUUUUGUUAAUUCAUGCAUGUAUUAGUGGACUAUAUUUUGAAACGUGGUGUACGAUGUGUUUACUUAUGUGUCUUUUUGUCAUGCACUUUACUUGCAACGUGUUUAUCUUUUACUAUAAUGAAUUUUUUUUUGUCAUGCACUUUUUGUAGGAUUAGGCACUGGAAUAUUACAAAGUUCUCAAGAAGAAACAACUCGUCGGAAACAAAUGACAGAUGGAGAAAGAUUGGAGAUUUACCAUGCUCUAUUGGAAAAAAGCAUCAAUGGAGAAUUAGGAAAGCAUCACACAACAGAGGUCUCUCAUUCAUUCUCUGUACCUUUACAAACAGUACAAAAAAUUUGGAAGAGGGCCAAAAAUACUCUUAGCGGUGAAGCUGUUGAUGUAUCACAUAGGAGAAAAGGUAAUUGCGGUCGUAAAAAAAUCCAUAUUGAUCUUUCUCGAAUUGUUGAUGUUCCAUUUCGUCGUCGUAAAACUUUAUGAUCGUUAGCUGCUUCUUUGGAUGUGUGCAAGACAUCACUUUUUCGAUGUCUAAAAGAAGGGCACAUCAAACGUCAUACCAAUGCUAUAAAGCCGUCUUUGAACGAAGACAAUAUGAGAGCUCGGUUAGAGUUUUGUAUCUCCAUGCUCGACAGUAACACUAUGCCCGACCACCCGAAGUUUGCUGCUAUGCACGACAUUGUACACAUCGACGAGAAGUGGUUUUACAUGACAAAAAAGACAGAGACUUAUUAUCUUCAUCCCGUUGAAGAUCCGCCGUACCGCAGUUGUCAAAGUAAAAAUUAUAUCGGGAAGGUGAUGUUCUUAGCAGCCAUGGCACGUCCACGUUUUGACGGAGAAGGUAAUGAGAUUUUUUCUGGGAAAAUAGGUAUUUUUCCAUUUGCUAAGAUGCAGCCAGCUAAAAGAGGAAGUAAAAAUCGAGCAGCCGGAACUAUGGAAUUGAAACCGAUGACCUCCAUCAAAAGAGAAGAUAUAAAAGAGUUUUUAAUUGGCAAAAUUUUGCCACGAAUUCGUGAAAGAUGGCCACAAGAAGAUUUCGGGAAAACGAUUUAUAUCCAACAGGAUAACGCACGGACACACGUUGAUCCGAGAGAUGAAGAUUUCCUAGCAGCUGCUUCUCAGCAUGGUUUUGAUAUUCGUUUAAUCUGUCAGCCACCGAAUUCACCGGAUUUGAAUAUUUUAGACCUCGGAUUUUUCAACGCCAUUCAAACACUACAACACCAAGUGUGUCCAAGGACCAUCCAAGAACUUGUUUCUGCAGUAGAAAACUCAUUUGAUGAGUACUCCACAAAGCAUGUGAAUAGGAUAUUUUUGACUUUGCAGUCAUGCAUGCAGGAGAUUAUGAAAGUCCAAGGUGAAAACACAUACAAGAUUCCACAUUUGAAGAAAGCUAUCAUGGAAAAGAAAGGUAAUCUACCUUCGCAGAUGAGUUGUGAUCGUCUUUUAGUUCGUGAUGUAAUCAAUUAUUUAGCAACUUAAGCUCUUUUAUUUAUCAUCAUUCUUCCAUGUUACAUAGUCUUUCUUAUAGCGUCAUGAAAACAAACAACAUGAAAGGUCUUAAGAGACUUACAUCAAAAUAAGAAAAAUUAUUUAGUUAUAGAGAGAAAGAAAGCAAACUUAUAAUCAGGAAAACAAAAUAUUAAAAAUACUUAGGCAAGUAAAUUUUAAGCAGAUCCAUCACAUUAGGUUCCAUCUUCUUGGGAUGAAGCUCCUCUUCAUCAUAGUACGGCUUGUUCAAAUCCAGUUCUUGGGCGGUGUAUGAUUUGAUCCUGUAGACAUCUCUUGAUUCACCUUUGAAGAUUCUUGCUUCUGAUUUUAUUUUUGCUUUUACGUUUUCCUCUUUUUUUUGUUUCAUUAUUUUUGGUAUUUUUUUAAUUUUUUUCUUUGAACUUAAGAAAGAAAGGAAACUAUAAAGAGAGUAAAAUGAAGUUGGUAAGAAACUUAACGUUACCCAAAAAAUUGUCUUUUACCCAUAAAGCAUUUAAGAAAUUCUCGUGAAUAAGCAUUGACUGAGUUAAUUUUAAAUGAAAAAGCAUUAAUAUUAUUACACAAAAUCUUACUUUGUGGAACAAGAAAAAACUCCCAAAAAAUCCUAUUUUCAGGAACAGAUGGAGUAUAAUUUAGAUAUAACAUUCAUCUUAUAUUCUUAAAUUAUUCAGCAGCUAACAUCUAAAGCACUAAAACAUAAAAAUUAAUGUUAUCAUUAAUUAUCGUUGACAUUUGUUGAACACAUGCACACGCAAUGGACGUUAACUGAAAUAUUACAAAAGUCAUAUUAUGAUGUAUCCAACGGAUCCGUGGCUUCAAAAUAUCCUAUUAUCUUAUUUAUUAAAUUAUUUUGAUACCUGCUAAUAUCCAGAUUUGGAAUUAAAAUUUAUUUCUAACAAAUCUAAAAUUGAAUUUUAUAUAAAAAUUUGUAAAACUAUUGUAUAAAUUAUUAUAAAAUUGAAAAAUUAAUAAUAUUAUAAAUUUACUUCAUACAUAUAAAUAUUUAAAUAAUAAAAUAAUUAUAAUAAAAUUUUAGUAUAUUAAAAAAACGGAUCAAAGUAUCUAGAUUUGAAAAUCAAGAUAUUGAUGUGGUUUUGAUGUAUCUAAGAUUUUACUAACGUGAUCCGGAUUUUUGACAUUCAGAUUUUCAGGGUGAAUCCAUAGCGGAUUUUGGAUCGGACCGAAUCUAAAAUAACAAUUCUACCUCUAAUACCGAUAAGUUUAAAUGAAUUCAUUGUUUUGAUUAAAAAGGACCAAAAUCUACUUAAAUAAAAAUGAAUUAGUAUUAACUAUGUAGAGUAAAUGAAAACAGCAAACACAACUAGGUUUGAGCAUUUGGGAAUCCCCUUUAGAUUUGGAUCAGGUUUCUUAGAUUUCAGUACAAAUUAUAUCCGAAUGAAAGUUCUUAUUGGAUUUAUAUAUCUUGUUCUCGAAGCUCAACUUCAUUGCUAUUCACUCAGAAGCCAUCAAAUUCUUUUGUUUUGUGUAAGACAAAUUCAGUUCUCUGUAUUGUUAUAGAUUACAAAAUUUAACAGCUGUAUUUUUUUUGGUACAAACAGUGAUAUGCCAGCAUAUGUGUACAGAAAAAUAUAUCUUCGACAUUUAGAAAGCACCUACAGCAUCUUUUAGAAAACACCUGCAACAUUGAAUUAACUUAAGAUUUGAAAGACAGUUGUCACUGACAACCCUUAAAUUCGCUAAACAAAAUUACUCGACAACAAAAAUAAUCUUAAACAUAUCUGGUGCUGUCAUUCUCAAGUUUUUCUUUUGUAAUAUCAUUUAUAGUAUAUAAUUAUACACAGGGCCGGCUUACAAGGGGGACAAGCGAUGCGACCGCCCCGGGUCCGAGUCCGUGUCCCCCGUGUAAUGAUAAAUAAGGGGCUCAAUUUUUUAUAAAUUUAUAUUUUUAUAUAUAAAAAAUUAUAAAUACAAUAAAUAAAAUUGAAAAGGACCCAAAAUUAUUUGAUAUGUAUAUAGUUUUAUUUUUAUUACAAAAUAUACAAAAUAUUAUUGAUUAAAUUUUAAAAAUAUUUUAAACAUUAUCUCUAUAUAAAUUUUAGAGAGUAAAAUUUUUUUUUUUUUGCCCUAGAGCCUUUAGCAGUGUUGAGCCGGCCCUGAUUAUAUUUGUAAUUUAUUAGUCAACGCUUACAUAGUAUAAAAAGAGACACAUCCCACACGUACACAUACAAAACUCAAACUUGUUGCACUCCUAAAAAAAGCCCUAAGCAACAAUGGAGUCCCAGUCACGGAUUAGUCCACCCGAAACCCCAAAACGUUCUCCGUUCACCGGAAUAUUCCACAAACUGAAGACCAACCUCGUUUUCCGGUCAAAGCUCGCCGAGAUAAACGGUGCAAUGGGCGACCUCGGCACCUACAUACCAAUCGUCCUCGCCUUAACCCUCGCUAAGGAUUUAGACUUAGGCACAACGCUGAUAUUCACUGGUAUCUACAACGCCGUAACCGGAGCGGUUUACGGCGUACCGAUGCCGGUCCAACCGAUGAAGUCGAUCGCAGCCGUGGCGAUUUCGUCGACCGCGGAGGAGUUCGGUAUACCGGAGAUCAUGGCCGCCGGGAUAUGCACCGGAGGGAUCUUGUUCGUGUUGGGGGUCUCCGGUUUGAUGCAGUUCGUGUUCAACAUCAUUCCUCUAUCGGUUGUUAGAGGGAUACAGCUGUCGCAGGGGUUAGCCUUUGCGAUGUCUGCGGUUAAGUAUAUUAGGAAGGAACAAAACUUUUCGAAGUCCAAAAGCGUUGGCGACAGGCCAUGGUUAGGGCUUGAUGGUUUGGUGUUGGCUUUGGUUUGUGUUCUCUUUAUAGUUCUGGUGAAUGGAGAUGGGGAGCAAGAACAAGAAGAGGAGGAAGAGAGAGAUGGUUCUAGAAGAAGAAGGGUUUCGAUAAGGAAGGUUGUAUCUAAUGUACCAUCUGCUCUGUUGAUAUUCUUGUUGGGUGUUGUUUUGGCUUUUAUAAGGAAGCCAAGUAUUGUGCAUGAGAUUAAGUUUGGACCGUCGAAGAUUAAGUUAGUUAGAAUGAACAAGGAAGCUUGGAAAAACGGAUUUUUGAAAGGGACGAUUCCGCAGUUACCUCUCUCUGUUCUGAAUUCCGUCGUGGCCGUGUGUAAGCUUUCUUACGACUUAUUCCCCGAGAAGAAGUUUUCGGCUACGUCGGUUUCGAUGACGGUUGGGUUGAUGAAUAUGGUUGGAUGCUGGUUUGGGGCGAUGCCUACUUGUCAUGGAGCCGGCGGGUUAGCCGGGCAGUACAAGUUCGGUGGGAGGAGUGGCGGGUGUGUGGCGCUGUUGGGAGUAGCUAAAUUGGUGUUGGGGUUGGUGUUGGGAAGUUCGUUAGUUGGUAUAAUGGAUAAGUUUCCGGUUGGUGUGCUUGGAGCUUUGUUGCUGUUCGCGGGUAUAGAGCUUGCAAUGGCUGCUAGAGAUAUGAACACAAAGGGUGAUGCGUUUGUGAUGCUUGUUUGUACAGCUGUAUCUCUAGGCUCGAAUGCUGCGAUAGGAUUUGUUGCUGGGAUUGUUCUUUAUGUGGUUCUUUGGAUGAGGAACUACGGGAGGGUCAGGACGACCAACCUUCCUGUUCAAGUAGAUCAACAUCCUUGAAGGUCUUCGAUCUUCUUCUUUUUCUUCUAUGCUUUCAAUUGUGAUCUGUUGUAUACCUGAAAAUUUGAAGUUCACAACUUCGUUGAACUGAAUCGUGCUACUCCGUGUAAUAACUAUAUUAGUUUGAUUUUUUUUUUCUUUAUUGUAAAUCAGUUUACCAACUUUUGUGAUAAUAGAAAAAAAAAAUUGUGAGAGAUGGACCAUAUAACUUUGGACUAUCUGUGGAAUAACCAGUUUUCAGAAGAUGGCCUUUUGAUCAUUGCGUACAAAAUAAUCUAAUCAACUUUAUUUUUUUGGAACAUUCUUUUUAGAACACAACUUUCACUAAAACUUAAACAUUUGAGGUACAACGAGGGGAAGAGAUCCUUAUGAAUCUACUACAGCCAUUGUAAUAAGACUUUAAAGCAUUAAUGAUAUCAAUAGAGAAAGUUCUAUGAUAAGCCAACAGCAAAUUCAGAACAAAACUCGAAUGGAUCGAAACAAGGUUCACGGCAAUGUUGGAAAGGUUGAAACUUAGUCACUUUGACUUAUGACAUUAAUAAUCAAACAACACCUUGAGAUAUCGUCAAAACAAGAUUCGUUAAGAUCAGAUCAGACUUUAUAUAUUUUUGAGCUAGACCGGGCUGUACUAAAAUAUUUACUGGUUUUGUGGAUUUUGGGUCAGGCCAAUCCAAUUGACACCCUACUCCAGAAUGACGCAAUGGAUUGGUAUGUCAAGCUUCGUAGUGACCAUAAUCAGAGUGAUAAACAGUAACGUGAUGAGUUCCAAAGAAAAAAAAACAGUAAUGUGAUUUUCAAACAAUACGGUUCAUUGGGGUGUACGAUGUACUUUUAUCUCUUUGUAUAUACGAUGCUAUAAUCGAGGGAUGGCCAAGACUCUUGUUAGGCCUAACCCUUGUGCUGCAAAGAUCAUUACGUUUGACAAAGAUUAUUUUUAUCCUUAUAUGCUUUUAAAACUAACAUUUUCCUACGUAUCUUUCCACCAUUCCACGUCCUGAAACAAUAGGAAACUUUUCUAGCAUCGAUCUUAUUCUUAAAAGUACAACCAAUGAAAGACCGAUGUGCUAUAAUUAGUGAAUGUAGGCUUGCUGGCUGCCAUGCAGAACUUUGAGGUCAACACUAUCUAUACAACGUCAGCUGUGUGUUCGCAUGGAUCUUUCAAGGAUUGAUAAACUUAUGUAAAACAAAUUUACUAAAAUGUUACGAGGAAGUACAUGGCUAUGGCGAAUGUAGGAUUAUAUUUUGGUGGGGGCAAAAUCCUAUAUAAACUUUAAAAAUGUAGCUAGAAAAUAUUAUUUACUAAAAGAAAAAAAAACUAAAAUUUAGGUGUAUUUAACAAAUUCUGAUUUUUUUAUGGGGCACUUGCUCCCAUCUUGGGCAACGUAGUUCGCCAUAUAUAGAUAUGCACCCGUGAAAUCAUUGAACUAUAUAGCUUUAGUGAAGUUGUUUUAUCCUCAAAGUUACGUUUUAGUCGAAAUCACUUUUGGGAGUACUAUCAUAAUUUGUUGAUAUAUCUUCACCGGAAAGCCAAAGCAUCUUUACCUUUCUCAUCAUGAUGUCAUCUAUUACUAAGCUAUUAUGGGUGAUUAUCACGAGGCUACUCAAAUUUUCAUAGUUGCCUAGCAUUAAUAAUUAUGUUCAAGCAAAAGCUAUUUUUUAAUA